AUCUGUUUUGAAAUGCCAAGUGGGGGAACGGUAUGAAUACACUAAGCAAAAGCCGUCUUCAUACACCUGCUGCUUGCUUGAUCAUUAAGCAACAAUAGGGUUUUUAAAUGGGAAGCGUCUGGACCAAAUCCACACAAGACAUCCAAAUGGCUCUUCCCAAAGUCAAGGAAAUCGUUUCUUCUCAUCCCGUCGUCGUCUUCAGCAAAACUUACUGUGGAUUCUGCAAGAGGAUGAAACAGCUGUUCUCGGAGCUUAAUGUGUCUUACAAACUUGUUGAGUUGGAUGAAGAAAGUGAUGGUAAUGAAGUUCAAUCAGCUCUAGCGGAGUGGACGGGUCAGAGGACCGUCCCAAAUGUGUUCAUCGGUGGGAAGCACAUCGGUGGUUCAGAUGCUGUUAUGGAGAAGCAUCAAGCAGGGAAGUUGGUGCCAAUGCUGACUGAAGCAGGUGCCAUUGCCAACAACUCUGCUCAGCUCUAGACUCAUCAUAUGGAUUUAGGAACAAGAAAACAGGACUAGUGUUCAUUGUGGUUGUUUUCAUUUCUAUUUGGAACAUAAUGCAUGCUUUUGGUUAAGUUUGUUAUUCUCUUGUGGUCUGAAGAUUUAUAAGUGAGAGGAUAGAUGGAUAUGGAGUUGAAUCAGGAUCAGAACUAAUUUAUGAAGUCAUUAAGGGGCCGUUUACCAAACA